AUGGCAUGGCAUCUUCGCACGAGCUUUAACCAAGUACUAUCGUUAGAAAAGUUCUAUACAGGUGGUCCCGUUCUACCAACGAAGGAUGGGGCUAGAUUAGUCUGUUUUUACGACAAUCGUCUGUCCCUCCUGACCGUACCACAUGGCCGCUACGAUGCCUCCAUCUCAGUUAGCGACGAGGGGGAUAUGCUCACUGCCAUGGUAAUACACCCCACGAGGGAUGAGGCCGUAGUUGCGAGCAAAUCUGGAGUCAUUUAUGUUGUCGACCUGGAAAAGGGUUUGGUCCUCCGGACCCGUAAAUCCAGUCACCAGGCUGUAAUAACCUGCAUAGUCUUCGACGCAACCGGGUCACUUUUUGCCACUACAUCUGCGGAUAAAAGCGUUCGUGUGUGUAACUACGAUGGUCUCUACGACACUCACUGCUUCAGAGAUUUUUCAACACUGUGUGUUAAGUCCAUGUUUCUCUAUGACAUGGAGUCCCCAAAUCAAUACUUGUAUCUCAUUACUCUAUCACGCUCUGAGCUACUCGUCCACGAGUUGCAUUCAAAGCAAUGCAUUGGGAAAAUUACUGCACAUCUAAGCACCAUUUUUGCAUUUACCUUGCUGGAUGACUACCUAAUUUCGUCCGGUGAAGACAAGGUCCUAGUUAUUACACAAAUAGCUGCAGGAUCACUUAUUCAGAAGCGCAUUGUCAACAUUCACAGCACGUUUGUUGAUAUGGUCGUCUGCGGAGAUGCUCUUGUCGGCCCUUCUACAAGCGAUGGUGACAUGUUGCGAUUUGUGCUGUCUGAGGUCUUCAACACAAAGACCACAGAGAACUACGUCAAUCACUAUGCCUCGACAGGAAUGGAUCUCAACUACAGCAAAGAUCUUAUGAGUACCAAUCACCACUACUGUUCAAAGUACUUGGGCCGUCCGUUUGCCGAGGACUUCGUUUCCGACCCUCCGGGGAGCCGUAAGCAUAACAGCUAUGUCGGCAUCUGCAGCUUUUCCUACAAGAUUCCUUAUUCGGUGGGUUCGAGCAGACCAUCCGAUGCUGCCGUGCACCACUUUCUUCUAUCAACGACGUCGGAUCUACUUAUUCUCCUCUUUGAUGCUACAACCAUGGAAUACAUCUGUCCCCCAGGUAAGCAGUUACCAGACCCCCUUUCCAUUUCAGAGUACAGUCAGCUUCCACGUUUUCGCAUGCUGGUCGUCUCUACCAUCUGCUCUGAUAGCGGGGAAGUGCUUGACAUUAAGAAGGUUUCAAGCAACGAGCUGGCUAUAGGAACUAGUUCCAAUCAGGUCCGUGUCAUUCGUUACCUCGAGAGCAGUGAAGAGUCGGGGGCAGUAACUGUUGUGCAAAACUAUUCGUGCUAUGGCCACAGCGACUACGUGACGUGCAUUGGGGCAUCUGCUGAGUCGAGCGCCUUUUGCACUGCAUCAAAGGAUGGGACUGUUCGGCUUUGGCAGCGCCUUCCUUUAGAGGUAGAUAUCAGCACCACUGACCUUUAUGCCUCACUGCAGGUCUCUCACUCUGCUGGCAAUGAACAGAAUGUUCUGGCCUACCCCCUUCAGUUGGCAAUUACACCGUGGGUAUGCACAGCCAUACUAGAGGAUGCUGCUUCUGAUAUAGACUGUGUAGUGCUAUGUGCGGGCAAACGGUGGUUUGCCGCAACAGGUGCAGCGGAUAAAUGCUUACGAAUCUACGAUUUAUCUGCAUUUGCUCAACUAAGUGAUGACAGUGUCCUUACGCCCAGGACGCUCCAUCCUACUGCAACGGUUUUGGCUCACCUUGAUUCUAUCAACCAUAUUGCUCUAUCUCCGAAUCAACGGCAGUUAGCCACUGUUUCAGCAGAUCUUAGCUUGAAGUUGUGGGGCGUUGAUGAUCUAUCGCAUCCUCAAUUUAUCGUAGAAAUGCAAAAGGCUGCUAAGCGCACCAUUUGGUCUGUUGAGUACUCACUGCAUGAAAAGCUGCUCGCUCUUGCCUGCGGAGAUAAGCGUAUUCGUUUAGUGCAGAUAACUGGGAGGGGUAAUAGUGGUGACACGAAGCUCUCUCUUUUCAAAACAUUAGAGGGACAUGGCAACGCGGUUAUGCGGGCGUGCUUCAUGUCUCAUGGGCAGCAGCUUGUAUCUGUUGGAGCAGACGGUUUAAUAAAGGUCUGGAAUUUGGAGACAGCAGACUGUGUGUUGUCCUUACAAAAUGCACGGAAGAUCCGCGACCUCGGUCUUGAAGUUGACCAUCUGUAUGGCACAGAGAGUCUCAGGAAAAUGUGGGGCCUCAUAGUUUUAGAUGAUGGCCGCGCUUGUAUUACCGGAGAUAGCGACGGUAUUAUACGCUGGUAUGUCGAUAACACAGAGGAGGUGCGACAAAAGGAGAAAGAAGCGGAAAGCCUCUGUAUCCUCCAGAAGGAAGAGGUUGAAAGCGUACUUGUUGGCUCCUCAUUAGACCGAGAUGCUGUUGUCAAGGCUUUUCGAUUAGCUCUCAACAUUUAUACAUCAAAGAAUCGAAUAGACACGGUCCCACAUACAGCACGAUCUGUCAGAGAUGCAGACAUUUACUUGCAAAAGAUCAUAGCAAAGGUAUGCGAUUCUGAGGACCAAAUGAGAUUUCUGGCGGAGGCUAUCGAGGCCACAGGUCUUAUUCGUGUACCAGAGCUGCUUCAUCUGGCACAGAUUUGGAUGCGUAACGGACGUCUCUCGAGGCUAGGCUCCAUCCUCUUGCUAGCGACAUUCCGUGCUUAUCCGGUAGGUGCCAUCGUCUCUGCAUAUGGGGAUCGCAUCGCCAGCACAGUCGAGGAGCUGGCCCGGCUCAUGAGUAACUACCUGAGGAAGAUCCAGCUCCUUCGCGCAGACUGUGCCCUAAUCGACAUGAGCUAUAGCUACUUCUCGUUUACUCAGUAA